CCGCGGCCGGCCCCGCGCACGCCGAGGAGCGCAGCUCCAGCCGCCAUUGUUCCGCCGGGGGAGGACAGUGGGGGCCAGGCGCCGGAGCCGAGACGCCGCUUAGCGGCCGCCACUGGACACACUCCCUCCCUUCUCCCACUUCGCCUGGCGGCGGGGGCUGCGUGAGGCUGAUACGGGACAUCCGGGAGCACCCCCCUGUCGUCCCCGCGGCGGCGGCGGUCGAGCCCCGGCCCCGGCCCCGGCGCGAACGGCGGCCGAGAUGCGCUCGGCUUGAGGCGGCCCGGACCUCGGCGCCGCGCUCGGCUCUUCCGCGGCGUCCCCGCGCCCCGGCGUCAGCCCCCGAGUCCCCCUGACGGGAGCGAAGAUGGCUGCGCGGAGCUGGCAGGAGGAGCUGGCCCAGCAGGCCGAGGAGGGCUCGGCGCGGCUGCGGGAGAUGCUCUCGGUCGCCCUGGGCUUCCUGCGCACGGAGCUGGGCCUCGACCUGGGGCUGGAGCCGCGGCGGUACCCGGGCUGGGUGAUCCUGGUGGGCGCCGGCGCGCUCGGGCUGCUGCUGCUCGCGCUGUUGGGCUACGGCUGGGCCGCGCCAAAUGGACGGACUGUUGAAGCGGCUGAGGAUGAAGUUGUUCGAACUCCUCGAAGUGUAACAGCAAAGCAACCACCAGAGGCAGACAAAAAAAAUGAAAAGUCAAAGAAAAAUAAGAAGAAAUCAAAGUCAGAUGCUAAAGCAGUGCAAAACAGUUCACGCCAUGAUGGAAAGGAAGUUGAUGAAGGAGCCUGGGAAACUAAAAUUAGUCACAGAGAGAAACGACAACAGCGUAAACGUGAUAAGGUGCUGACUGAUUCUGGUUCAUUGGAUUCAACUAUCCCUGGGAUAGAAAAUACCAUCACAGUUACCACCGAGCAACUUACAACUGCAUCAUUUCCUGUUGGUUCCAAGAAGAAUAAAGGUGAUUCUCAUCUAAAUGUUCAAGUUAGCAACUUUAAGUCUGGAAAAGGAGAGUCUACACUUCAGGUUUCUUCAGGGUUGAACGAAAACCUUACUGUCAAUGGAGGAGGCUGGAGUGAAAAGCCCGUGAAGCUCUCCUCCCAGACGAGUGCAGGUGAGGAGAAGUGGAACUCUGUUCCACCUGCUUCUGCGGGCAAGAGGAAAGCAGAGCCAUCUGCUUGGACCCCAGACACCAGCGACACUAAUGUGAAUGGGAAAGACUGGGGACGGAAUUGGAGUGACCGUUCAAUAUUUUCUGGCAUUGGGUCUACUGCUGAGCCAGUUUCUCAGUCUACCACUUCUGAUUAUCAGUGGGAUGUUAGCCGUAAUCAGCCCUAUAUCGAUGAUGAAUGGUCUGGGUUAAAUGGCCUGUCUUCUGCUGACCCCAGCUCUGACUGGAAUGCACCUGCAGAAGAGUGGGGGAAUUGGGUAGACGAAGAAAGAGCUUCACUUCUAAAAUCCCAAGAACCAGCUCCUGAUGAUCAGAAGGUUUCAGAUGACGAUAAAGAAAAGGGAGAGGGAGCUCUUACAACUGGGAAAUCUAAAAAGAAAAAGAAGAAAAAGAAGAAGCAAGGUGAAGAUAACUCUCUUGCACAGGACACAGAAGAAUUGGAAAAAGAGGUUAGAGAAGAGCUUUCCGUGAACACCGCUAAAGCCCGUCCAAAACAGGAGAAAGCUUUUUCCUCAAAAACAGUCAGCACUAGUGACUCAGCUGAAGUUCUGGUCCAAAACAGCCAGCCUAUGAAGACUCUUCCACCUGCUGUUCCCACUGAGCCAUCUGUUCCCCCAACAAAAAGUGAUUCUGACAAGAGCUCUUCCCAAGUGCCACCGCUGCUGCAGGAGACAGAUAAGUCCAAGUCAAAUACCAAGCAAAACAGUGUGCCUCCUUCACAGACCAAGUCUGAAACUAACUGGGAAUCUCCCAAACAAAUAAAAAAGAAGAAAAAAGCCAGGCGGGAAACGUGAAUUGUCUUUUUUCCUGAAUUGGACAUGUGUUUGCAAACACUGUCUUGAAGAUUAUGCUGUUUAUGCAAUAAUUUGUGAACAUGUACAGAAUUUUACAUAAAUUUAAACCAAUUUUUAAAGCAAAACUGUGAACACAACCACCAUAAAAAUGGAAACAAAAGUUAAUUUAUGAAAUUAAGAGGCCAGCAGAAAAUACUCCAGUGCUGGAAGACACUUGGGAAGGCUCUCCAGCUGAAGGGGAGUGCUGUUCAUCAGAGAACUCGACCCUGGGUUUGUGGCAGCGCCCUCCCCGUUUACAGAAGCUUGUGCCCUGUCUCGUCCGCAGUGAGGAGCGACGGGUUCCAGCCCGACGGGCACCCGGGCGUCAGAGGCGACCCCUUGGAUCUUAUGCACGAACUUUACCACUGAAAUCUGUUUUAUGCUUAAAUCAAAGUGCUUUGAUCAAACGCAUAAUCUGCCAUAUCUUUACGUAUUCGUUGAUAACAGUUUAUAUUAAAGGAAUCACAAGUGCAAAUAAAAAGUCAUUUAUCAUUUAUAUAACUAAACUGUCGUUUAGUUUAUGGUUUUUAAAAAGUUCUUAAUGGAAAAUGCAAUUGACACUUGUAUGGCUUAUGAAGUUAUUUUUGAUAGUCUUACAUUACUUGAAUUGUUCAAAGUACAGUAUAUUUUAAAUUAAGAAGGGUAAACUAUAUGUAUUUGUUUUAUAAUUUAAGAUUCAAACUAACAAAUAAUGCUCUUGUUUAUGAUUUGAAGACUUUCAGGCUAAAUCCAACCUUUCCUUUUCCUACCAACUACUUUUCUCCAGAGUCAUCUCAGUUGCUAACAAUUUUUUGACUUUAAAAACGAAAUCAUUCGCAACCCUUGAGUACGUGACGGGGAAUGAAACGAGAGUGAGACAGCUUUAAUUGACAUUGUCAAGACCUCCAGUUAUCAGGAACACAUUUUGUUAACUGCCUUAACCUGUAGUGUGUAGAAUAUGCAUCAAUUUCUUGAAGAGGAUUCAUGUUUUUAUAAGAAUUUUCAUGUAAUUAUUGCAGUCGUGGUCAAAUAAGGAACGUUUUCUGCUUGAAACUGUUGAUUUAAAUGAUGUGGGAGAUGUUUCACCAUUUGCAGGCACUGUGUAAUUCUAUUGUAAUAAACUGGCAGGUAUCUUUGUAACUAUAAAUAGUGCAUGCUCGGCCAUGUACACUGUAAAUAGCCUUUACCAAACGUGUUUGACAAGGACCAUAAUUAACAUCACUUAGUGAGUUGUGAUAAAGAAAAAAGCCAUGAUUUAUUUGAUGUGACUGGCUUGUUUUAAUGUGGCGCCGAGAAUGAAACUGUCCAACAGCUGUAACCAAUGGUACUGAUCUGCCCACCCAGUGUCGUCUGUAUUAUAUUUGACUGUGGUGUGAUAGUAUUACAUUGUCGGCCUAGGAAAGCUGGAGACAGAGUGGCUUUAGUUUUGCUGAGUGAAGACUGGCCUUAUUUGUGGGCAGCUUUCCUGACAAGUGGUUAUUAACUUCUAUCAGGUGUUAACAUCUGUUUCAGGAACAUGGCAGUAUGUUUACAUGUCGGAAGUUUUGUUUAAUUCUACGGUAUUUCUAAAUCAAUUUGUUAAAAUAAAUUCAGCAAAUGAUAGCAUUGUUCUUACUUGCUUCAAUCUGGGGAAGGUAAUAGCUGCAGUGCCAGGAAUGGAUUUCUUCAGAUGACUUUAUUUUGUUAGAUUUACCCGUUUCCUAAAUAGGCCUGAGGAUUCCUGCGUGGUAAGCACUUUGGAAAGGUUUCACAGGGAGAAUCUUAUGGGGAGCCUGUGAUUUUAGUGUGUGCCAAAAGGUCUCUGCUCAGAAAUUUUAAUUGAACUCUCUCAACUCUACCUCGCCAUGUCUAUCUUCCAAUUCUCGUUUCUGCCGUGUGCCAGGCUUUAUCUUUGCAGUUCAGCAGCCCCUAGCCAGCCACCUUCGCCAAGUCGGGUGGACCCAGAGUGGAGAUAAGCCCUGUCCGCUGCCCGGCUCGGGCGCUGAGACGCCUGGCGUUCUGAGGGGCAGUAAUUGUGUGAAUGGAGUCAUCCCGCUCUCUCACUUCCAUUGCUCUUCGCCUGUUCGGUUAACGGAUGUUUUUGUGACGUCGAGCACUUUUUAGUGUCCUAGUGGAGGGACUGGUUUCUCUCAUCGCCUCAGGAGACACCGAGCUCUGGGCAGUAACUGAAGGAGGAGGAGAGGAAGGAGGAGCUGCCAGUAGGGAACGGCUGACCGCUGGGCUUCCGCCAGUGGCCUCCCGGGAAACCACCGGACACGACCCUUCUGGCUCCGGCCUGACUGCAAGGCUGCCUGCUGCACUAGGAGUCCGGCUUCAGAUCUUCCAGACUGGAAUCCCGCCUGCCUGCGCCCUGAGCGAGCCCAGCAACAGUUGAGAGAGUCCAAGAGGAGAGCACUGAAAUAAAAUGGGCACUGUGGCCGUUUGCUUCGCAUCUUACUGGGCGGGUGGUCAGGAUACUUCACCCAGGUCUGACGGUGUCGCUUCAUAGGCUGGCCGGCUUGUGUUAGGCACAAAGGUACCAGAGAGCAGUAUUCAGAGUUGUUUUUCUUGGUUAAAAAUAGUCCUUUAUUAACAGUAUGAAAUCUCAAAGUUUAGAACUUAAGGUGUCUAAUCGAUAUCUUAAGAUUUUCCUGUGAACUCGUUGCACAAACUGGAAUCACUUCCUAAAAGGCUUAGGGAAUGAAACUGUGUAAAUGCAUUAAGUAUUGUAAAUAAAACAAGCCAUCGUUUUGCUUAAA